UACCAUCAUAUUUCAUUUUCAAAUCAAUGAAACCAUAACCAACACCAUCUACAUGACUAUAUAUAUAAACCCAACUUAGUUAAUAUAUAUAUAUAUAUAAUGCCAAAAAUACAUACAUACAUACUUACAUAGCGUUCGUCGUCAGUCAGUCAGUCAGUCGGCCGGAUCAAUUUGGAUGGCCGGAACAUUAAUCUCUUCCGUCCGCCGGAUCUACCUCGCCGUCUACAACUUCACCGUCCUCCUCGGAUGGAUCCAAGUGCUCUACCUAACCCUAAAAGCUCUCACCCAAUCCCAAUCCCAAUCCCGCCCCCGCUCCUCCGUCUACGCCGCCGUGGAGAAGCCUCUAGUCCUCGCACAAUCCGCCGCCGCGAUCGAAAUCGCCCACAGCAUCGCCGGAAUCGUCAGAUCUCCGGUCCUCGCGACGCUUCCACAGGUCUCAUCGAGAUUGUACGUUGUGUGGGAAAUCCUCCGCGGCGUCCCCGAAAUCCGCGGCAAUUACUUGGUGGUCUCACUGCUGCUCAGCUGGUCGGUGACGGAGAUCGUCCGCUACGCCUACUUCGCCGCCAGGGAGGCGGUGGGUUGGACGCCGCCGUGGCUGCAGUGGCUGCGGUACACCACGUUUCUUGUGUUGUACCCCACCGGAAUCUCCAGCGAAGUAGGCCUCAUCUACAGAGCGCUGCCGCAUUUACACCAGUCCGUCGGAAAUUACCGUAAUGUCCUCGCGAUAUUCGCCUUGUGCUUGUACGCUCCGGGCAGCCCAUUCUUGUACGGUUACAUGUUGGGGCAGAGGAAGAAAGCCUUUGCCCAAACUAAGCCCAAACUGGACUAGUCUCCAGUUGGCGGGUCCCGGGAGCAGCAGUCCCGACGUGCCGCAUUGCCUGCCAUACUGUGAAUCUACAUUAAUUAAUAAUUAUAAAUGAGAAUAAUAUUUAAUUAAUUAAUUAAUUUCAAGGAAGGGAAUCAACAACUAAACCGCACGUAGAUGCAAAAUUCGUUGAGAUUGAGUGUUCGCCCGAAAGUUUUCAAUUAAUAUAUGUAUAGCUGUUAAAAAUUGAUUUUGAUUCUUGCGAUUCAAAAUCGAUGUACGAGGACAUGUUUUACUAAAUAAGAAGUUAGUGCUCUAUUGAGAAGU